AGACAAAGAAAAAAAGGGGCAAAAAAGUAAAUUAAGGAAAAGAAAAAGGAGAAAGAAGAAAAAGAGGAUACAAAGUCCGAACCGCCAUACAAUAGGAACCCCAAAUUCUAAUCCCAUUGGCUUUUAUAUACGAGAAUACGAUAAAUAGAAAAGCACCCAAUACUAACACCAACAGCCCCUUCAAAUACUCAAAUUAGCCCCCAGGAUUCUUUUUCCCCUCUCUCUCUCUCUCUCUCUCUCUCUCUACGUAUUUAUUUCCAAAAUAAAUCAAAGCAGCACUCUCUCACUCUCUUUGCGCUCUUUUCUCUGUGUUUGUUAAUAUUUUUCGUUUUUUCUUCUUUUUUUUUAAUUUCACUCUCUCUAUCCUCUUGAAAAAAACAAGAUCUAACAUCUAUAACUCUAAAAAAAGCUUUUGAUAUUACAAACCCAAACUCAACCACAGAAAUAAAGAUCUCUUUCCUAGAGGAAAGAAGAAGAAGAAGAAAACAAAGAAGAAGGAUGGUUUUUGGUUUUAACGAUGAGAGACCGUUGAAGAGGGCCAAGAAGAGAAGGCUUUCUCGUACAGCUGAAGAUCUGCCUGACUUUUUCGCUUUCCCGAACCCAGCUGACCAAACCACCGGCUCACAGCCCUUCCGUGACAACGUGAAGAGCUUCCUCUCCUGUCACGCGCGCCUCACGCUUCCUCCUUCUGUUUUCCCCUCCCUGCUUGCGUGGCGUGUCACGCUCCGUCUUGAAGAUCCCGAUCUAUCCCCGUCCGUUGUGGUCCUUGACGUGGUGGAGGAGGACGUUACGGGUUCGAGACGCUCCGUCUACUGCGACCACUGCCGAGUCGUGGGAUGGAGUGGGCAUCCGGUGUGCCGAAAACGAUACCAUUUCAUAAUAAGGGGUGGUAGCGAGAAUGCUCGCGAGAAGGCCUGCAGCUCCAUGCUUCUUCAACAGCAAGAAGAGUAUAAGCCAUACACCCACUUCUCCGAGUCAAGGUGUAAGACCGCUAUUACCACGGAUGAUGUUGAAGAUUGGCUUUACCUUCAACUUGAAGAUAACACCCAUCUUCUGCACGCCGUUGUACACUCCAAUGGGUUUGGUCACCUUCUCACCCUCAAUGGCAGACAAGGAGGCUCUAAGCUCCUCUCUGGUCGUCAAGUUAUGGAUUUCUGGGAUAGGCUUUGUCAGACUCUUGCUGUCAGGAAAGUUAGCGUGAUGGAUGUCUCCAAAAAAUAUGGAAUGGAAUACCGGCUGCUUCAUUCGAUUACCAAGGGUCAUUCUUGGUACGGUGAAUGGGGAUAUGAUUUUGGUGCCGGAAGCUAUGCACUCACUCAAGAGGCGUAUCGCCAAGCCAUUGAUACACUCUCCAGCUUUUAUUUGUCUCCAGUUCUAUUCAGUGGUCGAGGACCCCGAACUCGCCUGCAGUCUGUUAUUGCUUUCUACCAGUCGUUGUCUGUGGAUGAACUCGUGACCAUUAAGGAUCUGUUCUUGUUUUUAUUGAAUCUGAUCCGAGAAACCCGUAAGAAGCCUGAGUGUGCCACUUCCGAUGUAUUAUGUCUAUGGACAAUAGAUGAAGUUGAACGUGUACAGCAAGCAAUGAUCAAGGUGCUGACAGCUGCAGCUGGUAAGGCUGGCUGGGUGAGUAGACGUGCUCUCAAGGGUUCAGUGUGGAGGGCAGCGUCUGUGGAGCUUCUUGAUUACUGCCUUAAACACUUGGCGGGGAAGUUAGCAAUCAAUGGCAUGGUGGUUAGGGCCAGAUGCAAUCCCUAUUCUAGCGAUGUAGAAUACAGGCUGGAGAGUAUCGUAAGCAGGGAAUCUGUCAAGGACUCAAAUUACCUAUCAGAAGACCAAAUCAUCUGUGAUCUUAAAUUUUUAUAUGAGUCCCUUCUUCAACCUGAUACCAUGGUAAGCUGUAGGCCCCAAGUGAUGAGGGAUAAGAUUAUUGAUUCGGCAAUGAAAGUUUUGGAUUGCAAGCAAUUUAUGAAGGUUUACAAGAAUGAUAAAAUGGCAGUAGAAAACCCUGAUGCCAUUCAUCUCUGGUGUCAUGUGGAGCUUUCAGACCAACCUAAGGAUGACCCAGUCCUUCCUCCUGAAUUAAUCGUCCUACCAUUGAAUGCAACCGUUGCUGACCUUAAAUUGGAAACUACAAAAGCCUUUCAAGAAGUAUAUGCCAUGUUUAAGAAGUUCCAGGCUGAGCAAUUGGUUGAAUAUGGCUAUAUUGAGGAUUCAAUUACUUUGAAGUUUCUGGUUGGACCAGGUGGCUCAAUUCGAGUUCAAGGGAGAUGUUCUGUAAGAUAUGGCCUUAAUCGAUUUCGUAUGGAAAGAGGGAUUGAGAACUGGACGGUUGAUUGCAUGUGUGGGGCUAAGGAUGAUGAUGGUGAAAGAAUGUUGGCUUGUGAUGCUUGUGGUAUUUGGCAGCAUACAAGGUGUGUUGGGAUUGACGUUUCAGAUGCAAUCCCGGUGAAGUUUGUUUGCUCAAGAUGCGAAAAUUCAUCUCAUCGUGAUAAAUGUCAAAGUGUUGGGGAAUCUACCAAGGAAGCCAAUAGUAAUUCACCCAAUAGUAACACAUCUUGCAGGGGUAAAGCAACAGCAACAGAUGGGGUUGGACUAGCUUCUUCGUUCCCCUUGACCUUUGGUGUACGUUAAGUGCACUUUUGUUUUGUUGUGAAUGUAAAGUCUUUCUUUUUAGUUUAGGGUUUAGAGAUGGGUUUCAAGGAGGUUGUCAAUUGUUUUUAAGACCUUAUCCUCCCUUUUCGAGUGUAUUGAGAGCUAUCUAUGUUUUGUCCCUGUAUAUAGCGAAAUGAGAAAGGAAAUUGGGAGGAAAAAAAAAAAAAAAGGAAGUUUACUGUAUUCUCAA